AUGAUGAGGUUGCAGACAUAUGCAGGUCUUAGUUUAAUUGGCACUUUGGCUGUAACCUAUCAUGCAUUUAACAGUAGAGGUCAAUUUUAUCCGGCAAUGGUUUAUCUGGCAACUUCCAAGAUCAGUUUGGUGCUUCUUCUCAACAUGGCUCUAGUUAUCAUGUGUAGUAUGUGGCAGUUAACUAAGAAGGUGUUUCUCGGCUCUCUUCGAGAAGCCGAGGUCGAGAGGCUUAACGAGCAAGCGUGGAGGGAGGUUAUGGAAAUUCUCUUUGCGAUUACUAUCUUUAGGCAGGACUUUUCUAUUACUUUCCUUGCUAUGGUUACAAUGCUCUUGUUGAUUAAGGCUUUGCAUUGGUUGGCUCAGAAGAGACUAGAAUCGGUCAAGCAUUUACUUGCAACACACCAGGCAUCCGUUUCGCUCUUCUUUUCUUUUGAGUACAUGAUACUAGCAACAACAACGGUGGCAAUUUUUGUAAAAUAUAUUUUCUAUGUCAGUGAUAUGCUUAUGGAGGGACAAUGGGAAAAGAAACCAGUUUUCACAUUUUACUUGGAUCUUGUUAAGGACUUGCUUCACUUGUCUAUGUAUAUGUGCUUCUUUCUGGCAAUUUUCAUAAACUACGGUGUUCCUUUGCACUUAAUAAGGGAGCUGUACGAGACAUUUAGGAACUUCAAAAUCCGUGUUGCAGAUUACUUACGUUAUCGUAAGAUCACUUCUAACAUGAAUGACCGGUUUCCAGAUGCUACCCCUGAAGAGCUUAUUGCAAGUGAUGCAACCUGCAUCAUCUGUCGCGAAGAGAUGGUUACUGCAAAGAAACUUAUAUGUGGUCAUCUUUUUCAUGUUCACUGCCUCCGAUCAUGGCUGGAGAGGCAGCAUACUUGCCCUACCUGCAGAGCACUGGUUGUCCCAACGGAAAAUGGUAGUACUGCUGCUGGUGGGCAGCAAAGGUCACAGUCAGAUGCUCAUCUGCACGGGGCAGGCACUGGAAGCUCAGCUCAAAAUGAGGUUGGCAAUGGGGUGGCAUGUGAUAGUUUGAGUCGGCAUCAAGCAAGACUUCAAGCUGCUGCAUCAGCUGCUUCAAUAUAUGAGAAGUCUUAUGUUUACCCUUCUCCAACUUUUGCAUGCCCCCCUGGUUACACUCUUCAUCCCAUGGUUCAAAGAUCUGUGGUUGAAUCGCCCAAUGCAGAACUUGAUGGAGAACGAGCCCAAAGGAAACUCCAGAGUGAGAAAGCAAAUGUUGACAAAAGUGUAGGCGAGGAGGGCACAUCAUUGUCUGAUAGCAAAGGCAAACAAAUUGCUGCCUCUUCAUCUGUAUCAAGUCAUGAUGAGAGUCCAGACAUCAGAGCAUAA